AUGUCGACGUCGUCGUCGUCAAAAGUGCCCUCCUCGUCCUCUAGGGCCAAGGACAAGGACAAGGAAAAGUCCAAGGUGCACAAGCUCUCCCUCAAGGGCAGCGCCCGCCUCGUCGCCGAGUUUUUUCAAUACUCCAUACACACCAUCCUCUUCCAACGAGGCGUCUACCCGGCCGAGGACUUCACCGCCGUCAAAAAGUACGGCCUCAACAUGCUUGUUUCCGCCGACGACCAGGUCAAGGCCUACAUCAAGAAAAUCAUGUCUCAGCUCGAUAAGUGGAUGGUCGGCGGCAAGAUCUCCAAGCUCGUCAUCGUCAUCAGCGACAAGGACACGGGCGAACACGUUGAGCGCUGGCAGUUCGAUGUUGGCCUAACCAUGGCCGUUUUGCCUCGCCAGGUUCAAAUCUCCCAACCGCCCCCGAAGUCUUCCAAGUCAUCCAAGUCUUCCUCGAGGCCGUCCGACGCGGACGAAAACUCCGGUCCCCAAUCACAAGGCGCCUCCUCAUCGGCUGCAUCCCAAGACAACAAGACCGAAGUCGAGAUCCAGGCCGAGAUUGCUGCCAUCUUCCGCCAGAUCACCGCAUCUGUCACCUUUCUCCCUCAGCUCAACGGUGACUGCACCUUCAACGUGCUCGUCUAUGCCGACGCGGACUCGGACGUCCCAGUCGAGUGGGGAGAUUCCGACGCAAAGGAGAUUGCCGGCGGCGAGCACGUCCAGCUGCGAGGCUUCAGCACUGCCAAUCACCGCGUCGAUACCAUCGUAAGCUACCGUUUGGGCGAUUGA